AUGAACGUUCAAGUUGCUUCAUAUAAAUACAUUUCAUUUAUACUUGCUGGACUUGCUGGUCCCAAGGUUGUGUUAUUUGAUGAAGAAACUCUUCCUAUCAUCAGUAUGUCAAUGACAAAGACAGAAUUGCUUUCAUUAGAAGUUGUUUUAACAGAAAGCUUCACGAAAAUCAUCGAAGGUCCAUAUUCUGCCGAUCUUCAAUCACUUCCGGCAAUUUGUUUCUUAAGACCAACAGAUGAUAACGUAAAUUACAUUUGCAAUGAACUCAGUCACCCGCAUUUCAUGAAAUAUACAUUAGUAUUCACUAAUGUUGUUUCAGAAGCUUUCCUUCGUCAAAUUGCUUCAAGAGAUAACAAUAGUCUCAUAAAUUCAAUUCAAGAAGCGUAUUUAGAUGUUUAUCCUAUUGGAUCUCGUAUGUUUUCAAUCGGAACUAAAGGAAUUCGCGAUAUUAGAGAGAAUUAUAUUCCAUCCAACCCAAAGAUUUCAAGAAUUGUCGAUGGCUUGUUUUCCAACCUUUGCUCGCUAAAGGUUAGACCUCAAAUUCGUUACGACAAGAACUCUCCUGUUUGCCAAGCCAUAGCAAAUUCGAUUUCUCAGCAAGUCAAUCAAUACGUCGAUAUAUUCUCAGCCCAACCAUCACCCCAUCUUUUACUUAUCCUGGACAGAAUUUCUGACCCAGUAACUCCUUUACUUCACCAUUGGUAUUAUAAUGAUGCAAUUCACGAGCUGUUCGGCAUCAAAGACAACACUGUUAUAAUCGGAGAUAAGCAGUUAGUCCUCGACGAACGUACAGAUUUCAUUUUUGCUGAGUUUGCCUUCAAAUAUCUUGGAGAUGCUUUUACAGACAUUACAAAGAAGCUUGAUGCCCUUAAACUGACAGCAGAUAGCAUUAAGUCUCAACCUGCCGACAUUUCGGACUUCCACGAGAAGAUUGCGAAGGUAUCUCGUGGUCAAGAAGAAAAAACUCGUAUUGCAGAGCAUGUCAACAUUCUAGAAGCCAUCCAAGACAAAGUCAAUGGCAAAAAGUUGUCAUUAACACAACUAGAACAGGUUGUUGUCACAGAUAACGAUUCUCAACAGAUGCUUGAUCUUGUUUUACAAGCUAUCAGGAAUCCAACAACAUCAGAAGAAGAUGCACUUCGACUUUCACUUAUUUACUCACUGCAUUUUGAUGGCCAAGGCAUUGAUCAAAUUGAUAACGCUUUAGGUGAAAGAUUUGUUGCCGAUUCUAAGCGUUUCUUAUUACAGAAGAUCAAUGAGUAUGCCGGCUCACUCAAGCGAGGUGGUGAUGAUGAGUUAUUCGGCAACAAAUCUAAGAUGGCGCAAUUAUUAAAGACAGUUAAGAGCUUCAAACAAGCUAAUGAGGACCAAUACGAUCUAUUCAAGUCAUUGGUUUUCCGAUUGAUAAAGAAGAUCUCAGAGGGACAGCUCAAAGAAGAAACUUAUCCAUUUGUUCAGAAAAACAACAUGUGCUCCGUCAAACCAUCUAAAGUUAUCAUCUUCGUUGCAGGGGGAGUCACAUACGAAGAAGCACGUGUUGCAGGACUCUUGUCUACAAAAGAUUUCGAAGUCAUCGUUGGAGGAACAGACGUUAUCAACGCCAAGCAAUUCAUAGAAUACGAACUCUUAUAA